AUGUCUGAUAAUGAACAAGACGCGUCUUUUGAACGCACAAAUGCGAAUAUUUUGAUAACAGGAACCCCGGGAACGGGUAAAUCAACUUUAGCAGAGCUAGUCUCGGAAGCAACCGGUCUAAACUAUAUAAAUGUGGGUGAGUUGGUAAAAGAGAAAGGGUUACAUGAAGGUUUUGACCAGGAGUUUCAGAGUUACAUUUUAGAUGAUGACAAGGUCAUUGAUGAGUUAGAACAAGUCGUGUCAAAGGGUGGUAAUAUAAUCGAUUUUCAUUCUUGCGAUCUAUUUCCGGAACGUUGGUUUGAUUUGGUUUUGGUAUUGAGAACUGACAACACUAUCUUAUACAAUCGUUUGGAAAAACGAGGAUAUUCUCAAAAAAAAAUCACGGAAAAUAUUGAAAGUGAAAUCUUUCAAGUAAUAUUAGAAGAAGCAAGAGAAUCAUAUUCUAAUGAAAUUGUUGUGGAAUUACAAAGUAAUACAAUACAAGAUAUGGAAAGUAACGCGUCAAGGAUUGAACAAUGGGUUGAUGAUUACAAGGCAAAAAAUUAA